GCAUGUUGCUGCUGAUUUAAACUUGCUUCGAGUAGCAAUCGUUCAAUCAAAACAGAGCAACAAACGACUCCAUUAAUGGCGGCAAAUCUUUAUCCUACCAUCUCCAUCACGCCGAAUUUCAUCAAACCCAACACUCGGAAUGACUCAAAGCAUACCCUUCCCCACCAUUUUCAAAUUGGGUUGUUCAAAAGUUGCAAAACCAUGGAUGAGCUUGGACAGUUACACUGUUACGCGUUGAAGCAGGGUCUCAUCCGUAAACAAUCGACUGUAACUAAGCUUAUAUCCACUUGUGUGGAAAUGGGCACUUCAGAAAGCUUGGAUUUUGCUCGAAAGGUGUUCGAGCUUUUCCAUGAAGACGGCGAAGCAAAUGUCACUCUUUUCAUGUACAAUUCGUUAAUCAGAGGAUACUCUACUGCUGGGCUUUGUGAUGAAGCUAUUUCUCUGUAUGUUCAGAUGAUCGAGUUUGGGUUUAUGCCAGACAACUUCACGUUUCCAUUUGUGUUAAGUGCGUGUGCUAAGACUGCUGCUUUCGUUGAAGGGAUUCAGCUCCAUGGAGCUCUUAUGAAGAUUGGUUUAGAGAGAGAUAUGUUUGUUGCUAAUUCUCUGAUACAUCUAUAUGCGGAAGGUGGAGAGUUUUUGUUUGCUCGAAAGGUGUUUGAUGGAAUGCUUGAGAGAAAUGUUGUUUCAUGGACCAGCUUGAUUUGCGGUUAUUCUAGGACGGAAUUUUCUAGAGAGGCUGUGGCUUUGUUUUUCCAAAUGAUCGAGGCAGGUGUUAGGCCCAAUUCUGUCACAAUGGUGUGUGUGAUAUCAGCUUGUGCCAAGUUGAAAGAUCUUGAACUAGCCAAGAGACUCCAUGCUUACAUUGAAGAGUCAGAAAUGGAGCUUAAUACUCAUAUGGUGAAUGCACUGGUGGAUAUGUUCAUGAAAUGUGGAGAAACUGGUGCUGCAAAGCGAUUAUAUGAUGAAUGUGUUGAUAAGAAUUUGGUUUUAUGUAACACAAUCAUGUCAAAUUAUGCACGCCAUGGUAUGCCGAAUGAGGUACUCGCUGUCUUGGUAGAUAUGCUCCAAUUAGAUCUUCGGCCAGAUAGAGUUUCGUUGUUACCAGCAAUCUCGGCAUGUGGGCAGAUGGGUGACUAUCUACUUGGGAAGAGCUGCCACAACUAUUCUCUAAGAAAUGGUUAUGAACGUUGGGAUAACAUUUGCAAUGCAAUGAUUGAUAUGUAUAUGAAGUGUGGAAAACCAGAAAUGGCCUACAGAGUUUUUGACGGUAUGUUAAAUAAGACCAUUGUGUCGUGGAACUCAUUACUUGUUGGUUACAUUAGAAACAAAGAUUUAGAGUCAGCUAGGAAGACAUUUAAUGAGAUGCCAGAAAAGGAUAUAGUAUCUUGGAACACGAUGCUUAAUGCUUUGGUUCAAGAGAGUAUGUUUGAUGAAGCAAUUGAACUGUUCCGAGAGAUGCAAUUAAAGGAAAUAAAAGCAGACAGGGUGACAAUGGUAGAAGUUGCAUCGGCAUGUGGAUAUCUUGGAGCUCUCGAACUCGCUAAGUGGGUAUAUUCCUAUAUUGUAAAGAAUGGUAUCGAUUAUGAUAUGUUGCUUGAGACAACAUUGGUUGAUAUGUUUGCUAGGUGUGGUGACCCUCAUAGUGCUAUGGAAGUGUUCAACAAUAUGGAUAGAAAAGACGUCUCAGCAUGGACAGCAGCCAUUGGAGCAAUGGCUGUGAAUGGGAAUGGCAAUCGGGCUAUAGAACUUUACAAUGAGAUGCUAAGGCAAGGGGUGAAACCAGAUCAAGUAGUUUUUGUAAACAUAUUAACGGCUUGUAGCCAUGGUGGUUUUGUGGAACAAGGGGAACACAUAUUUGAGUCAAUGAAGCAACAUGGAAUCUCUCCGCAGAUUGUUCAUUAUGGUUGCAUGGUUGAUCUACUAGGUCGUGCAGGUAAGUUAGAAGAAGCUCUAGAUAUUAUAGAGAGCAUGCCAAUGAAACCUAAUGGGAUUAUAUGGGGAUCUCUAUUGGCUGCAUGCCGUACCCAUAAAAACAUCGAUAUGGCAACAUUUGCAGCUGAAAGGUUGGAAGAAGUGGCUCCAGAAAAGACUGGGAUUCAUAUACUUCUAUCAAACAUAUAUGCUUCAGCUGAAAAGUGGGAUGAUGUUGCCAAUGUAAGGCUACAAUUGAAGGAGAAAGGAGUUCAAAAAAUGCCUGGUUCAAGCUCAAUACAAGUCGAUGGAGUUAUUCACGAGUUUACCUCAGGUGACAGAUCACACCCAGAAAAUUAUGGCAUGGACAUGAUGUUAAACGAAAUCACCAGCAGGCUUGUGGAUGUUGGCUAUGUUCCUGAGGUGACCAAUGUUCUUCUUGAUGUAAAUGAGCAGGAAAAAAAAUAUCUACUCAAUCGACAUAGUGAGAAGCUGGCCAUGGCUUACGGGCUUAUAAGUACAAAAAAGCAUGUACCAAUUCGUGUUAUGAAGAAUCUCCGAAUGUGUUCAGACUGUCAUUCAUUCGCCAAAUACAUUUCAAAAGUGUAUCAUAGGGAAAUAAUAGUACGAGAUAAUAAUAGGUUUCACUUUUUUAGACAAGGGUCUUGUUCAUGUGGCGAUUAUUGGUAAUGCAAUUCUCAGAUAGGAAAUAAGUGUAAGAUAAAUAUGCAUCUCCAAUAUUGAUUUACAUUCGUUCUUUGCUACAAAAGUAAAUGCAGUCAACUAGUGAACAGACAGAUGGCAACAAUGGACAGAAGAAGCAAUGCUCGAGCUUCUUCAUAGUGAAGUGCAGUGUGACGAAAGAACUAUGCUGUUUCUAUUACAAUUCACAUUGUCACUGACAUGUUAGCCUUCUAGAAAAUGUUAUAAUAUCAACACAGAGCAGAACAAAACUGAAAGCAGCCUUCAUAGUUGGGGGAAAAUGGAGUCAACGUACGCUUCGUGCAUCGGGUCUGAUAACCAGAGUUUAGCAACAUGAUGAUGUGAUGAGGUGCGCCUAUGAAUCUCUUCAACCAGCCAUACAGUUGCUUCAGCUUUACUCGGAUGAAUUACAGUAUCCAAUGGCUUAUAUUCAUCCGCACUUCCUAACCGUAAUUGAUCCCAUUGUUUGAGUAGAAUGUUAGUCAAGUAAUGCAAAGGUUGGCCAUAAAGUUGCUUUAUAGAUUUGCCUAAACCCAUCCAAGUUGUAAAUGGUAUCACAGAACCACGUUGUGCUGGGAUUUGGAUCUGUUUCAUGUAUUCUUGAUACAUUUCCGCCCUUUUCAUCAACAUACCUGCAUCGUUAGAAGACAUUUCAAAGAAGAUCCUCUUUUCAAAGCUUAAGAGUUUGAAAAUUAUAUACACAGCAGCAUUUGAUUAUCAGAGACUUCGAAUUGAACUUGAUCUCACUCAUGCAAGGCCAAAAUACCUUCAGAUGUCAUUUCUUUGGCAGGGAUUUUGAAAUCGUCUAGGGAAGGCUUGAACUCAUAUCCAUCAUUUUGUACUGCUGCUUCUGAAUCAGAGGAAGAAGAUUCACCUGAUGAUAUAACAUCUACUUGUUCAUUCCAGGGCAUUGGCCUCUUCAUUUUGUAAAUUAUGUGAUUCUGGACAAGAAGAGAUCAUGGGUUUGUUAGCAACCAUACCGAUCAAUACAGAACAGCUUAUAAAAUACCAACACGUUUAAAAGUCCA